UUGCUUCCCAUCUUGCCACACACUCUCAUCCUGUUCAAGUCUUAAGACUUUUGUACAUUUUUGGGUCCUGUAGCUAUUGCCAACAGACACACAAAGACUGAUACCUCCAUCUCACUUUCGGUGUGCCAAAACGAUUUCUUCGGCAUCAAAAGCACGCAGUUACAAGCAUAGACAUCCAUCACCACAUCCCUCCCCACCAUGCAGAUCUCUAUCCUUCUCACCACAACCCUUCUCUCAGUGUUCGGCCUGGCGUCGGCAUCACCGCUUCUUCAGACACGGGAAACAACAACUACCCCUCCAUCCCGCUACUACCUCAAGACCCAUGUGGUCAACGGUGACCACAUCGACAGCGGCACCAACAAAUCCGACCUCUGGGUCUUUUCCUACCACACCGGUGCCGGUCUAGGUGCUGCAGGUCUCUCCUCCAACAAAUCCGUGGCCUGGGAAGGUUAUCUCAACGGUACCCAGCAACUCUUUACCUAUCCCAACAACGAAAUCGGCCCAUGGCCUCUGUCGCUCACAUCCAGCAACACUUAUGAACGUGAGUAUAUUGAUUCUCUGUUUCCGUUAUACGCUCCUCUUUGUGCGGGCGAAGAAAAAAUGACACGUGCUGAUCUUUGUCGUUGAUAUCAGGCUGGAUGGAGGCGGACAUUAGCAUCUCCGCAAUCAGACUUGAUUACCAGGGUUUCUUCUUCAACUCAUCUGGAUUGCAGUACAAUCAAUCCGCCCAUGGAUGGCUUGCUUGCGAUUGGUCAUUGGCAAACCCUCAGUUGUACAACAUCGUCUACGGCGCUGGCCCGUACCCGAGUUCGUGCUCCAAGGUGAACUUGUUGCCGGUAGCCGUAUAAUGUUGUGGUGAUACGGACACCCACGCGGCAGAAGACCUUUUGAAUUCGACGGGCUGCGACAGUAUGCGCGUACCCGGUUGAGAAACUCCCGGGUGAGGAAUUCAAGGCUGCAUUUACGGAACAAGGGGGGGAAAAAAACAGCAUGAGCGUUGCAUUUGGGCAUUUUGCAUCAAACCAUUUGGGAGGAGGUUACUUGCUUCCUGAGAGGUUUUUUUAAUGUUUGUGUAACACUACGAAAUUACUACUAAUUAUAUCAUAUUCCAAAUCGAAUAAUUUCCCAAAAA